CCCGCCUUCCGUGGUGCAGCCUGGUGCCUCGGCACCUACAAUUCAGCCUGAUGUCUCUACCCAGCCUGAUGUCUCUACCCAGCCUGAUAUGACUCGGUGCCCGCUGUCGAGCCAGAUGACCUGAUGCCUGGUGACCCGAUACCCGCUGUCGUGCCUGGUGACCCGAUGCCCGCUGUUGAGCCAGAUGACCUGGUGCCCGCGGUCGAGCAAGAUUAUCCAAUGUCUGAUGACCCGGUGCCCGCUGUUGUACCUGGUGACCCGAUGCCCACUGUUGAGCCAGAUGGCCCGGUGCCCGCCGCUCCAUCUGGGGGCCCGGUGCCUGCCGCUCCAUCUGGGGGCCCGGUGCCUGCCGCCCUGCCUGGUUGCCCGGUGCCUGCCGCCCUGCCUGGUUUCCCAGUGCCCGCCGCCCCACCUGGGGGCCCGGUGCCCGCCGCCCCCGCCUGGGGGCCCGGUGCCCGCCGCCCCGCCUGGGGGCCCAGUGCCCGCCGCUCCACCUGGCUGCCUUGUGGGCUGCAGUACCAGGGCUGGCCAGCGGGUGCU